UUAUCGCUCGCGCGACGAAAUCCGUCUAGCUAAACACUGGAUAGUGCUUGAUGAUGACAGAAUUCAGACCAACUCGUUAAAUAAAAAUGCCACCUAAGAAGAAGGCAGGAGGAGGCGGUGGGAAGAAAGGGAAGGGGAAGAAGAAGGAAGCCAAGGGAUCAUCGGGGGGCCCAGAGCCAGUGGCUCCAGAUCCGUUCAGCCCUGCGGCUAGACUCAACGCGUACUACAUAGCUCACGGUCCAGUCCAGUUCCUAGCCUUCAGAGGGUACAGCUUGAGUGGAGGGGGCGGGGCCAAGAAGAAGGGAGGGAAAAAGAAAUGACUCCUUCCCAAUUUAGAGCUUUUUCUAGUUUUUUACUCCAUUCAAUUGCUAUUCUAGAAACAUAUUUUUUUAAUUUUGUGUGAAAAAGAU